GAUUAAUAUUGUAUUGUUAUUACAGUAUCACAGACGUUAAUCCAAACAAAAAUCCAUGCAACUUAUGUUCCCAAAGACAUUAUGUUAAAACAAUGAGCAAUUCCCCUUAGCCUUAUCUCAUCUCCUAGGCCUAUAAAAUAAAGAAAAUUCCUCUUAGCUUUUGCAGCAGUUUUCAAUGGCUUCCUCCAAUCCAAAAUUGUCUGUUCUCCUCUUCACCAUUUUCUUCUCUUCAACAUUUGCUCUCAACACUUCUUCUACAACUUCUCUGAACUCCAAUCUCUCUUCCAUACGAAGUUUUUGCGAAACCACACCAUACCCAGAUGCUUGCUUUGAUUCAUUGAAGCUUUCCAUUUCGAUAAAUAUCAGUCCCAACAUACUUAGCUACCUACUCCAAACUCUCCAGAGUGCCUUAUCUGAAGCUGGAAAGCUAACCAAUCUAUUCUCUAAUGGUGGGAGAGCAAAUAUUGUUGAAAAACAAAGAGGAACAAUGAAAGACUGCAAGGACCUCCACCAAAUCACACUAUCUUCCUUGCAAAAGUCAGUAUCAAGAAUCCGAUCAGGAGAUUCACGGAAGCUAGCUGAUGCAAGAGCUUAUCUCAGUGCAGCUCUCACAAACAAGAAUACAUGUUUAGAAGGACUAGAUUCUGCUUCCGGUCCAUUGAAACCUAUUCUGGUGAAAUCUUUGAUUAGUACUUACAAGCAUGUCAGUAACUCUCUUUCAAUGCUUCCUAAGUCAGGUUCUAAAAAAGGCCAUCGAAAUCGUCGCCUCCUGGGAUUUCCAAGCUGGUUGUCAAGAAAAGCUCGCCGGAUUUUGCACAGCACUGAUGAUGAAUACGACCCGACUGAAGUGCUUACUGUAGCUGCCGAUGGAACAGGAAAUUUCAGUACCAUCAGUGAUGCUAUAAAAUUUGCUCCAAAUAAUAGUAAUGACAGAAUAAUUGUCAAUGUUAGAGAAGGGAUUUAUGAAGAGAAUGUGGAAAUUCCAAGCUACAAAACCAACAUUGUUCUGCUUGGAGAUGGAAGUGAUGUCACUUUCAUCACUGGUAACAGAAGUGUGUUUGAUGGCUGGACCACUUUCAGAUCUGCAACUGUUGCGGUAUCUGGUGAAGGCUUUUUGGCUCGGGACAUAACCAUCGAGAACAGCGCAGGGCCAGAGAAGCACCAAGCAGUUGCAUUAAGAGUAAACGCAGACUUCGCUGCACUGUACAGAUGCACAAUCGAUGGUUAUCAGGAUACAUUAUAUGCCCACUCCUUUCGACAAUUUUACCGUAAAUGUGACAUAUAUGGUACCAUAGAUUACAUAUUUGGGAAUGCUGCUGUGGUCUUCCAGGCAUGUAACAUAAUCUCCAGAAUGCCAAUGCGAGGUCAGUUCACAGUAAUUGCUGCUCAAUCUCGAGACUCCCCAGAUGAGAACACUGGAAUUUCGAUACAGAAUUGUUCAGUUCUUGCCACAGACGAACUGUAUGGGAAUUCAAGCAGUGUUAAAAGCUACCUUGGGAGGCCGUGGCGGCUGUACUCGACAACAGUUUAUCUUGAAUCCUACAUUGAUGAUUUUAUCGAUCCUACUGGAUGGACUAAGUGGUCAGGUGAUCAAGGUUUAGACACCCUUUAUUAUGGAGAGUACAAUAAUUAUGGACCAGGUUCAGGAACGGAUAAUCGAGUUACUUGGCCUGGCUAUCACAUAAUGGAUUAUGAUAGCGCCUAUAAUUUUACAGUCUCAGAGUUCAUUACUGGUGAAGCCUGGCUGGAUUCUACUUCAUUCCCAUAUGAUGAAGGGAUUUGACCAAAGUAUAACUACCAUCUUGGUCUUUCUAGUCUAUUUCUAAUACUGUAAUGAGACUUUAGCCGAGUGGCCUGCAAGAAGGUUGUGAAAGAUAAUUAAGAUAUAAGAGAGGCUUUACUUUACAGGUCAGACCCACAUGGACCUUGAGUCUUGUCUGAUGGUAGGUUGUAGUUUUCAAAGUUUAAUUUGUAAUAUAGAACUGUAAAAAGUGCAAACUGCCAAGCAGAAUUGCCCAAGGCGAUUUGGUUGAAGUGAUUCUGGUGAAUGUUUUGAACUGUACAUUAUUUUGGCUUA